GCGGUGCUCGGCUGCUCGGAGGGGUUCGACCGGCUGGCGGAGAGGGGAACUGCAGCGCAGCAGCACCGCUGUCAGGAAGCAGGAGCUGGACGGACAAACAUCGUCUGCUUCUCCCGCGAACGGCGCACUUUCUCCGGGGAGCCGCGCCGUCCUGUGUGAUUCGCCAUGACGACCGAAUCGGGCGCAGACUCCGAGGCCAAGCAGCCGCAGGAGAAGGGGAAAGGCAAGCCGGCGGCGGCGGCGGCGUCCCAGCCCACGUCGCCUCAGAACCAGCCGGAGCAGCUCCCAGCGGCGGCCGGACACAGCACGCCGGCCAGGAAAGAACAGGAUCAGCAGGACGACGAUCAGACGUCUCACCGCUCGUCCACCAGCCGCCUGUCCAGGUCUCCUCUGCGGGGGGUCAAGAAGGUGAAGAUCAUGCAGUGUAAGGUCACCCUGCUGGACGGCUCCGACUUCACGCUCAACAUGGAGAAACGAGCCAAGGGCCAGUUGCUUUUCGAUAACGUGUGCGACCAUCUCAACCUGCUGGAGAAGGACUACUUCGGCAUCACGUACAGAGAUGUAGAGAAUCAGAAGAAUUGGUUGGACCCGUCCAAGGAGCUGAAGAAGCAGAUCAGGACCGGUCCGUGGAAUUUCGCCUUCAACGUGAAGUUCUACCCUCCAGACCCGUCGCAGCUGACCGAGGACAUCACCAGGUACUACCUGUGCCUGCAGCUGAGGGACGACGUGGUGUCGGGCCGCCUGCCCUGCUCCUUCGCCACCCACACGGUGCUGGGCUCCUACACGGUGCAGUCCGAGCUGGGCGACUACGACCCCGACGAGCUGGGCAGCGACUACAUCAGCGAGCUGCGCUUCGCUCCCAACCAGACCAAAGAGCUCGAGGAGAAAGUGAUGGAGCUGCACAAGACCUACAAGGGGAUGACUCCGGCCGAGGCAGAGAUUCACUUCCUGGAAAACGCCAAGAAGCUGUCCAUGUACGGCGUGGACCUCCAUCAUGCGAAGUUGGUAGGGAGUCUCUAUGAGAGCUUGGCUCCAGCUGAGGGAGAGGACUCUGAGGGUGUGGAGAUCAUGCUUGGAGUUUGCGCCAGUGGCCUCCUCAUCUACAGAGACAGGUUGCGGAUCAACAGAUUCGCCUGGCCCAAAAUCCUCAAGAUCUCCUACAAGAGGAACAACUUCUACAUCAAAAUCCGACCUGGAGAGUUUGAGCAGUUCGAAAGCACGAUCGGUUUCAAGCUUCCAAAUCACCGCGCUGCCAAACGGCUGUGGAAGGUGUGUGUGGAGCACCACACCUUCUUCAGGCUGGUGUCCCCCGAGGCGCCCCCAAAGAAGUUCCUGAGCCUGGGCUCCAAGUUCCGCUACAGCGGCAGGACGCAGGCCCAGACCCGCCGGGCCAGCUCGCAGAUCAUCAGACCGGCGCCGCUCUUCGAGCGCUCCUCCAGCAAACGCUACAACAUGUCGCGCAGCCUGGACGGAGCCCCCAUCACGGAGAACCACGAGACUCUGAUGAAGGACGGCGUCGCCGACGGGGCGGCCAAGGUCAUCGCCAAGGGAGACAUCAUCACCACGGUGACGACGGAGAAGAAGGCGGAGGAGGAGAGCGCCGAGCGGGAGGACGCCCAGAAAGACGCCGCCGAGACUCCGGACGCCGCCACCACUACGGCGCUCAGACAAGACACCAAGUGUUCCCCUCAUGUGUUCACGACCGACCCCCUCCGCUCCGAGCUCUCGCUCCCCUCAUCCCCCGUCUCAUCCACCAAAGUCCGGCGGCGGCGCAGGGACGGCGCCCGCAAGCGGGCGUCGUCCGUCAGCCCGGCCAAGAGCGGCGCCGGGCGCCAGCGGCGGCAGGCCCACGCCGACCGCAAGGCGGCGCUGCUGGAGGAGCAGGCGCUGCUGCUGUCGGCCCGCAAGCAGAGGCUGGAGCAGGGCAAGCGGCGCCACGGCGGCGGCGGCACGCUCUUCUCCUUCUCCCUGCACCUGCCCGACCUGUCGUCCAUCCUGGACGAGGACGGCUACAUCACUUUCCCCGACCUGUCGGAGAUGCGCUUCCUGCCCGAGUGCGCGCAGAACUUCCUCCCCAUCAAGUCCCCGUCGCUCAUCCCCUGCUUCCUCUUCAUCUUCUUCUUCCUGCUGUCCACCUCCUUCUCCGUGCCCUACGCCCUCACCCUCUCCUUCCCGCUGGCGCUGUGUCUCUGCUACCUGGAGCCCAAGGCUGCCUCCUUGACCGCCUCCAUAGCCCAGGGCUACCAUGACCAUGACAGUUCAGAGGAAGAGGAGACCGACAGCGAACAAACUGACUUUGCCUUUGACGGAGAGAUGACGGCCACAGAGUCGGACGCCGACGAGGACUCUGAGAUGCGGACUCAGUAUAGUUUCAUAAGACGAGUAAAAGGGGAAAACGUUUUUAUCAGGCAUAGUAAUCUGAUGCUGGAGGACACGGAGCCUCCGGCGGAGAUGGUCAAGCACCAGACCAACAUCAGCGAGCUGAAGCGCUCCUUCCUGGAGACGGGCGGCGGCGGCGGCGGCGGCGCGGCCGGCCUGACGGAGUGGGAGAAGAGGCUGUCCUCGUCUCCGGUCCGCUCCCCCCGGGCGGACGAGGCGCCGAUGAUAGAGCCGCUGGAGCUGCAGGACACUAAAGAGGAGGAGGAGGAGGAGGCAGGAGACGGGACGAAAGGAGGAGUGGAACCAAAAACCAUCGAGGCGGCAGCAGGAUACCUGGUGAAAUACGUGGUGGAUAGCGUGGUGACGGAGGGGGCCACCUCCUCGGGCCCCCACGGCAUCAGUCUGUCCACCACCAUGGACGACGACGUCUUCAUGGACGGGACGCUGAGGGAGGUGGAGGAGAAAACCCCGGACUCCCAGGAGGAGGCGUCGGAGAAGGUCAGCCCCGGCGCGGUGAGGCAGGAAGUGUCGCAGGCCAUCACCGACAAGAAGGGAACGCUCAUCAUCCUGAAGGAGGCCGAGGAGAAAGAAGACACCGAGCGCGAAGACGCCAGUCCCCCGGGGGGAGACGGAGAGCCGUUUGUCUCCGGAGAGUUCGCAGUCGACGAGAACGAAAUCCAGCGCCGCUCCUCAGAGGAAACGGCCGCCGCCGUAGAGACGCCGCCCGCCGCGGUCAAGAUGCUGAGUCCGAAAGAGGAGAUUCAAAAUGAAGACGUGACCCGGUUCAAACGCGUCGACUCGCCCAAGAAGGCCAUGGCGGCGUGGAUUUCCGAGGAGGCGAAGACGGAGGCCACGAAAGAGACGAAGACCGAAGGAGAGACGCUGCAGAAAGUGGAAAUCUUCACCUUCGAAGAAGUGCGGUCGCAGCCGCCGGAGUUCCCGGUUUCUGAAACCUCGGCUGCGUCUCUGGCAGUGUCGACCCUGGGAUGGGUUUCCUCCUCUCAAAAGGCUUCACCCGAUCCGGAGGACAAGGUGACGGCUCCGACAGAGACAGACGCCACGUCCGUCAAGUCUGCAGGGCCAACGAGUCCUGACAUUUUGGAUGUGGCUUCCAAAGAAUCGCCUGUCGUCCACACCGAGACAAAAACCAUCACCUACGAGGCUGCGGAGGUCGAUACCAACGGCGACGCCGACCCCGGCGUUCUGCUGAGUGCUCAGACCAUCACUUCAGAAACCACCAGCACCACCACGACCACGCACAUCACCAAGACGGUGAAGGGAGGGAUCUCGGAGACGAGAAUCGAGAAGCGGAUCGUCAUCACCGGAGACACGGACAUCGACCACGAUGAGGCUCUGGCUCAGGCCAUAAAGGAGGCUAAAGAACAGCAUCCUGACAUGUCAGUGACCAAAGUAGUGGUACAUAAAGAGACAGAGAUCACGCCAGAGGAGGGGGAGGACUGACCCAGGAAUAACACUGAGGGCUGUUUUUCCUUUCCUCAACCUCCCGAAAACCCCAACGUCCAGAACGCCACAUACCCCGCCGGGACUCGGAAGACUAGAACGGCCUCGCCUCUCCAGAUGCUGCAGCUCGCCGCUAGUCGCCACCAUCACCUGCAAUACCAACCAAUGCAUUUUGCAUGAGAAGGACGCAACGUCGCAUUACCAACCCCAAACGGCAAGAAUAUACUGAGUUAAAAAAAAACAAAAAACAAACUGUACGACUCCCACGACGGUCCUGGAUGCGCGUGCACGAACGGGCACACCUCUCCGCUUCCACUGCCUUAUUCUGACUCUGAUGCAUUUUUAUGAUUAUUGAGAAUAAUUAUUGUAGCAAGACCUUUUAUUUAUGAAACGAAGCCAUCACUCCAGAAACGUACGACCGCUGUAUAUGCUCCGGAGCUAGCGUCCACUAUUUAACCUCGCAGUAGAAGUGCCAACAGCCUCAUUUUGCAACGCGAGCGUCGCGUUGCGUCGCGUCGCUGCAGCGCCGUACUGUACAUAUCAGAGCUUUCUCUAGGAAAAUAGCAAAUUAUCUUUCACCGUUGAUUUGUAUCACAUCAUCUACUUGAAUUGCAUUUUACUUUUUAUCAUUAAUUCAGUGUUUUAUGAUUUCUCAUUGAUCGAAUCGACACCACUGCAGCGUUUCUUUGUUUUUUUUCUCUCAGAUGGUCUGUUUUAGGCAAAAAGCCAGUAAAAUCAAAAUUUCUGCUAGAUUUUGUUCUUCUUCUUCUUCUUCUUUUUGGAUGUGCCUGUGCAGGCUUUGAAUGUUUCUCCAGGGUUGAAGAUCGGCUGCAGCACAAGUCCCAGGUUUGUGACUGUGAAGGGCUCAGACUGCCGAGCUUUUCCCAAAAAUCAAUGCAAAGCCAGGAGAGACCUGUCACCUCCCCCCCUCCCCCGAAACGUGACACCUGUACGCCCCCCCGCCCUGAACAUUAUACCCGUAUGACCCCCCCCCAACCCCGAACAUGACCCCGCGUCUGUUUAAAUGUAUCUGAAUAAGCGAGUGUUGUUCAUUUACAGCCAUGUUUUUUCCCUUCGAAUGGUGAAAUAAAAAAAUGGCGAAUGGAUUUUUUUGUUUUUA